AUGGGCAAGGACCAGGAACUGCUGGAAGCGGCUCGCACUGGGAAUGUGGCUUUGGUGGAGAAACUCUUGGCUGGCAGAAAAGGAGGGCUCCUGGGCAGUGGAUCUGGACCUAUUCCUUUAUCCAACUUGCUGAGCAUCUGGCGAGGACCAAAUAUAAAUUGCACAGAUAGUUCAGGAUACACUGCUUUACAUCAUGCAGCUUUGAAUGGUCACAAGGAUGUAGUUAUCAAAUUACUUCAAUAUGAAGCAUCCACUAAUGUGGCAGAUAAUAAAGGGUAUUUUCCUAUACACUUGGCUGCUUGGAAAGGAGAUGUAGAGAUUGUGAAGAUUCUUAUCCAUCAUGGGCCAUCACAUUCCAGAGUGAAUGAACAGAACAAUGAAAAUGAAACAGCUUUGCACUGUGCUGCCCAAUAUGGACACUCAGAAGUGGUUGCUAUUUUGCUUGAAGAACUUACAGAUCCCACAAUAAGAAACAACAAAUUAGAAACUCCAUUGGAUUUGGCAGCUUUAUAUGGCCGACUGCAGGUGGUGAAGAUGAUAAUCAAUGCAUAUCCAAAUCUGAUGAGCUGUAACACAAGAAAGCAUACUCCUUUACAUCUUGCUGCACGUAAUGGUCAUAAAGCUGUGGUACAAGAGCUGCUAGAAGCUGGAAUGGACGUCAGCUGCCAAACAGAAAAGGGGAGUGCAUUACAUGAAGCAGCUUUAUUUGGAAAAGUAGAUGUUGUACGCAUUCUUUUAGAAACAGGAAUUGAUGCCAAUAUAAAGGACAACUUAGGCAAAACAGUUUUAGAUAUUUUGAAAGAACAUCCAUCACAACAGUCACUCCAAAUUGCUACAUUGCUUCAAGAUUACACAGAAAAAGAAAAUUCAGACGUUCCAGAGGAAUCCAUAGAAGAAUAUUUAAUAUCAGAUCACCAGUCCAGUGUUUUAUCCCUAGAAGAGUCUCCUAUACAAACAAGUAAAAGUGAAGCUGUGACUGGUGAAUUAUCAAAACUAUUAGAUGAAAUCAAGCUUUGCCAAGAAAAAGAUUAUUUAGAAGAUACGAGCCAUACUAUAUCAGAUGAUUAUCUGGAUGAUGCUAGCAAAGUAUCAGAAGAAGAAGUAGUAGCAAAUGGAAACCGAGCCAAGUCUAAUAUAAGAUCAUCUUCCACAAAUCUGGAACAAGCAGAAGAGGAAGAAGAGGGUGGAACUGAAAAUAGUUGUGGACCUACAGGUUUGUGGGAAGCACUGACACCUUGUAAUGGAUGUAGAAAUCUUGGAUUUUCCAGUCUUACUCAGGAAGCCUUUCCAAAGAAGAGGAGUGCUACACUGGAAGCAGUGCCAUCUGUUUCUUCAGAAACAUUUCCUGUAGAAAAUGAGAAUGGUCUCUGUGAUUUUCUUGAUACAACAGUUACAAAGAAACCUUGUUCUUUAGAAAUAACAAGAGGAGUUUCAUCAAAAAUAGAUAAUGCACCUCAAGUAGCAAUUACUGCACCAGGUACCGGUAACCAUAGAAACAGUUCAACAGGGCCAACACCUGACUGCUCUCCUCCAUCACCAGAUACUGCACUGAAAAAUAUAGUAAAAGUUAUAAGACCUCAGCCCAAGCAACGUACAUCAAUAGUAUCAGCUUUUGAAUUUCAUCGAUUAAAUCAGAGCCAUGACUAUUUUGAAAUCAACUCCUCUGUAAGAUACGCAAGCUUUAAUUCCAGCUCUCCAGUUAGUCCAGCCAACUGCUCCACUCUGUCUGUUGAGGACAGCAUUGAAGAAAACAACAUACCAGAAACCCAGCAAACAUCCAUUGACAGUGAUCAUCUAGAAGCAUACCCUUUGGAGCAGUUUGCUGGCCUUCUACAUGGAUCAUCACCUGCUUGUGACCCACCAGAAAAUCCAUUUCAGCUCUACAGAAAAACUUGUCCAAAGGAUGACUUGAAUCAGAAAAUUAGUUUGAACCUCAGUAUUUUGAAUCCACAACAAUCUUUGCAAGAAAAUAGCACUGGUCUUCUGGUUAAAAAGAAAAAACCACCAAUUUUGAAUAGAACUAUAUUUCCUUCUAAAAACAUUAUAGGAGAAGCUAACACAUUGGCCGGUAUCACAAGAACUGGAGAUCAGUGGGUAAUUAAUGCUGCAGGAAUUGUAGAACGUGCUUGCACACUUGGACGAAUACGAUCUUUGCCAAAGACACUUCUUGACAUUCAUUUAUCCAAAUACAUUUCUAAAUCAGAUUCAGAUCUUAUUUCUUAUCCAUCUAAUGAUCACAAAGCAAGACAGAAUUGGAAUGACUCUUCAGCUAUCCAAGAAACCUCUAGAAGAAAUUCUGAAAGAACACCGUCAUUUACUUCAGAAUGGGAAGAAAUUGAUAAAAUAAUGAGUUCCAUUGAUGCUGGUAUAACUACUGGACUUGAAGAGAUUAGUGAUGGUACUGCAACACCCAGAUGCCCUGUCCAGACUGUGGGACAAUGGUUGGAAAAUAUUGGGCUACCUCAGUAUGAAAACCACUUGCUGGCCAAUGGAUUUGAUAAUGUACAGUUUAUGGAGCUAGAUUCAGAAACAAUGAGCCAGAGUUAUUUCAGAAAGGGAAGAUAUGCUCUUACUUUGCUAGGAAUAAGCAGUCAGGAGGAUAAAAAUUUGGCAUACAAACAUAUUGUUUAA